AUAAUGUCGUGCCACCGUACUUUAACAAACGUGAACUCAGCGCUGGCUCUGAUGCAGGAGCUUACAGGGCAGUGAUGUGAGAUGUGAUCCGAGAUUUUUGAAAACAAACAGGAAGCAGGAGCGAGCCGAGGGGAGGGGGACUCCAGCAGAGCGUCGAUCCCUUAGCGUCACCUGUACGUGAAAGGAACACCUGUUACCGGUGGACUCUUAAAGGAGAAGCAGAAGCUGCUGCUGUUCGUGUUUCAGACUUCUUAAAGGACCGAGGCCACAGACGGACGCUCCGUUUGGACUAAGAUGCCCACAGGUCGAGUUGGUAAAUUCACACUCGGGUCUGGAGCUACAGUCUGAACAUGCUGCAGGUUGUGUGAGUGACAGAUAUGGGAUCAGCAAGAUCAUACUGGCAGACUUUUGCUGUGGUGGCACUUAUUUGCCAUUCUUUCAACAACACUGAAGGCGUGAGGCCGGAGGUCCACGGGAAGGUCGGCGCCUCGAUGGAACUGGAGUGCAGAUUUCUCUCAUCAGGACCAGCUGCUGUGUCCACUGAAUCUCAGCAUGUGGUGGAGUGGAUCCGGCAAGGUCUCGAUGUUCCUGUGCUGAUAAAAUUUGGGUCCUAUGCACCUCGGGUCCAUCCACGUUAUGAGGGACGAGUGUCUCUAGUGAAAACCACCACCCUGAGGCUGGAGCGCCUGCAGCUGGAUGACCAGGGUUUGUACGACUGCCGGAUACUCCUCCUGGACAAGCCUACAGAUGAGCUGCAAAACAGCAGCUGGACUCUGCUGUCUGUGGCAGCUCCACCCACCUUCACCAAAGCUCCGCCUCCUGUAUUUGAAGCUCUAGUCGGGAGUCCUCUAUCCCUGGAUUGUGUUGUUGAUGGCAACCCUACACCAACCAUUACCUGGCUGAAAGAUGGCAGCCUGAUCCAGGGGUUAAACUUCCAGGGAGGAGUUUUAUUUCUGCCAGCAGUGACCGCACAAUCAGCCGGACAGUAUACCUGCCACGCCUCCAACUCGGAGGGAAACUUGACUCGCGUGACAACAGUGAAGAUCAAAGGUCCACCUGUCAUUCUUGUGCCCCCUAAAGACACAACUCUCAACAUGUCCCAGAAUGCACUUCUGCAAUGCCAGGCAGUGGCCGACCCCCCCAACAUGACCUACGUCUGGCAGAAAGGCGGUGAGAACGUCCAUCACAUAGAGUCUCUGAAGUCUCGUGUGAAGAUCAUGGUGGACGGGACUCUACUCAUCUCUGGUCUCAUCCCAAAGGAUUCUGGGAACUACACCUGUGUUCCCACCAAUGGCUUGCUGUCUCCACCUGCUGCCUCUGCUGUCCUCAAAGUGAUGCAUCCAGCCCUGGCUCUGCAGAUGCCCCAGGAAACCUACCUCCCUACAGGUAGGGGUGGAGCGAUCACCUGCCCGGUGUCAGCUCAGCCUCCUCUUCUGCGUGUGGAAUGGACAAAAGAUGGAGGACCUCUUGAUCUGUCCUUGUAUCCAGGAUGGACUUUGAAAGCGGACGGCUCUGUGGUCAUGGCUACAGUCAACGAGGAUGCUGCAGGCGUUUACACGUGUAUGCCAUACAACAGCUACGGCAGCAUGGGCUCAUCUGGACCAACCAGGAUAGUUUUGCAGGACCCCCCAUCAUUCAGCACGAACCCGGAGAAGGAGUACAAACAGGAAACCGGCAGAUCGCUGAUCAUCCCCUGUCAGGGAAAUGUGGACCCAACAAUUAAAGUCACCUGGAGCAAGGUGGAUCUGGUUCGUACCAUUUCUUAUUCUAUUGAACCCAACGGCUCUCUGCUGCUGCAGCCUGUCAUCAAAGACCACCAGGGGGAAUGGGAGUGCAGCAUCUCCAACCGCGUGGCCUCCAUAAAGGCUCGUACCAGAGUCUUCGUCCUGGGAACCAGUCCCCAUGCGGCUACCUCUCUGUCCGUCUCUCCAGGAGUGAAGGAGGCCAACAUAUCCUGGGAGGCAGGCUUUGAUGGAGGAUCAGCGCAGACAUUUUCAGUGUGGGUGAAGAGGAUCUCAGUUGGUGAUAAUGAUGGGAAGCAGGACUGGUUCUCCGUGCCCGUCCUCCCGUCCUCUGGUACCAGUCUGCUGGUGUCGGGCCUGUCUCCUGCCACGGACUACCAGUUCAGCAUCUUGUCUCAGAAUAAAAUCGGCGCUGGCCCCUUCAGUGAGAUCACCACAGCGCGGACUUUGAGUCCUCCAGAGAGGAGAAGUAAACUAAAGCCCCCUGCGUCGCUGUCAGCUAAUCAGGGCUCAGCAGGUGUUAUUCUGCAGUGGUCUCUUCCUGAAGCUCAGCAGCCCCCCAUCACAGGCUUUGUUCUGCAAACCCGCACCGCCGAGGGGGAGUGGCUUAAUCUGGAUGAACACAUCAGUGCCAACAGCAGCCAAAUGCUGGUUCAGGGUCUGCAGACGGACUGUGUGUACGAGCUGCGGAUGUUUUCCCGUCGCGGGGAGCUGCUGAGCGAGCCCAGUCCAUCAGUCAACAUCUCCACUGCUGGGAUGGAGAGUUCCCCCUCCACGUCGCGCCUCCUGGAGUUUGUCCCUGAGCCGUUGCUGGCCGGCGUGCUGGCUGGCGUUGGAUUCAUGUGCCUGGCACUUGUUUUGCUGCUCGGGUCUGCCUGCAUCAUUAGCCGCAAGAGGGACCAGCGCCGCAGACAAAAGAAGGAUGAUCCUCUCCCUGCCAUCUAUAAAUGCUCCCCAUCAGUUAAGACUUCAGGCUCCAGUAGUCCAGACAGUUUGUUGAAGAAAAGCCUCCUUCCAACCAACUCACUCUAUCCCACCACUUCUUCCAUCACCUCCUCCAUGCGAAUGGACACCUCCUCCUCCAGCACCAACAAUCAUCAUCAUCACCACCGGCAUACACAUCUUCUGUCAAACAGCAACAGACUUACUAAGACAACUUCUCUGAUUUCUCCUCCAAUUGAGAUGAUCUCUAGAGGUCCAGAUGGUCGGUUUUUGCUCCCAACAUACGAAGAUGACGACAUGAGUGUUGGAAGCAAGAACAGCCUAAAGUAUGACCAACACACCAGAGUCAGGAGAUCUGUUUCACUGCACUUGGAAAGGGAAGACACGAAAAAAGAGCCGUAUGUGCUCUCUGUUGAUUUCCCUCCUUGUAAAAAUGAGGUUGAGUCCACAAAUCAGAUGUUCAACAUUGGAAAUAACAGCCCAUGUGUUAUGGGUCAGAGGAAGAGUUACGACCCUGAUCAGAGCAGCCUGUAUUCAAGCAGUAGCGUGGACACAAUCCCCCAUCACAAUGGACAAAUAACUCCAGUGUUCCCAGUGCUUCCGCAUAUCCGAGCUGGCUUUGGUCAGCCGUCUACCACAGCGAGUUCCCUGGUGCUUCAAAUGGAGCAUGAGCGGGAGAGAGGGAACCUGAGUCGGUGCCUGAAAUUGGCUCAGGAGAGAGAAGAACUUGAAUUAGAGCUCAGAAGGUACACAUUAGAGAGAAACUCCUUCAAAGGUUUGAAGAGGGAGCAAAUCACCAGAGGGGCAGGGGAGGAAAGUGGCGAGGACCUUUGGAGAUAUAAAAGUAACACAUUACCAAAUAAAUAUCACCAAAACAGCAAGGGGGACUCCUACUCAUCCUCUUCUGUCCACUGGGAAGCCCAUUCUCAUAAUUCUCAGCCAACUCUGAUUCAAACUAGAGACUACCCCAGUUCAACUCCAACUUUAGACCCCUCUCGCUUCGCCACUCUCCCUCCGACGUUCGCCAAACAGACCUCGCACCAACCUGAGGAGGUAGAUGCUAUUUUGAAAGACGGAUUAACUCUCCCACAUCUCCCCUCUAAGCACCAGAUAUACAGAAGACUACUGUCGUCUCCGGAUGAUUAUGAAAAUUCAACACAGUCCACUGUUUUGGGCAUUUCAACAGCUGAUCUUCACUCUGAAGCACAAAGACUGAACAAUCAAAGUCAUGGCAGUCUCUCGACUUUGUCUUUUCACAGCAAUAAAUACUCUGAAAGAUGCAAUUUCACUUUAGAAGAAGCACCAGAUACUUUGAGAUUGGAGGUAGCGUUUCCUGGACCCAGUGAUAAAGACACAAGUGUUGAGAUGUGUGUAGAUGAGCCAGAGUUUGAGGUGUACAGGCCUCAGCUUACAAAGCCCAUGUUGCAUCACAGGAUUGCUUCUCAUUUGCAGCAUGGCUGCCCAUUGACUCAAAGAGGCAGGUGUGAAGAUCUAAAGAAGAGCCUUAACGCCAGCAGCCCUGUUUCUGUGGACAACAUCGAUAGGGCCCACCAUUCUCGGAUGACUUCAGAGCCAGAGUUUUGGAGACCUCAAAGUCGUUCCUCAAAAAUUUGGGACCGUAAACAACGAAGUCAGAGCUUAGACCUGAGGAGGCAAAAGAAGACAAAUACUUUCCUCACACCAGAUGCUUGGAUAGACUCUCUCAGCCAAGAGAACUGCUCUGUUUCACCAUCUCAUCUACCAGAUUCCUUGAGAACUUCCUAUCCAACGAUCCAAAGGAACUCCCAACCCUCUCCUGCUGUAGAUCAUUUAGCUCUAGGAGCACAGAGGUUGGCUCAAAGUCGCGCUGAGUCCAGAUGCUGUGAGCCAUUAAGAUAUGCCUCCAUUUUACCAGAUGGUGCUCAUCAGCCAGUUCCUUUCCAGGGACCUUUGAUGAAAGUUUCCAGUUACCUACCACCAUUCAACAGUGAUCAUGAAGCUCUGGCAGUAGACGCAGAAGUUUCAGAGGGAGUUCCAGAGUCUGGGAGUAGUUACAGCAGCUACGCCAGCAGCGGCCGAGGCAGCAUGGAGACGGCAAACGGCUCACCAGAGACUGUGGAGGACACCAGGAGGUGCUCAGUGGGCAAACACAACCAACACGUGGAACCAUGGAGAAAGCCUUCGGUAGAUGAGAGUUAUGAGUGGGAUGCUGCUGAUUUCAGCUCAAAACCUGCAGAACAUGAUGGGCGACUUCCUUCGCUGAACCUCCAGAAGCAGGCAGCAUGCCGUGGCCUUCCCAGCAUGCAGUGCAUCAGCGCAGCUCAGAGAAAGUCCUCACUCCCAGGGCAUCCAAGCAGCCGCUCUGCUGAGCCAGAACCAGCCGCUGUGCUGUUCUGACAGUGCUGGCACACAGCUCAUCUCACCUGGUGUGUCCUUUCACGUAUCGAUUCAGAUCACUAGGUGACAAAAAGUGCAUGUGACAGAAAGUCAGCUUUUCUGUGAUCAUGCUUUAUUUUUUCAAACCACACAAAGUCACGCCAAGAAAGAGCUUUUUGUUCAGCAUGAAUCGGAGAAAGGUGCAGAAAAUUUGUUUUCUUCAUGCAAAAAUUUUAAGUCACUUAAUUGUAUGACAAUUUGUGUCAUUUUCUAUUCAACUAAUUCAACAAUCAGGCUGAUAUCAAAGCAUUUCACUGUGCUGAACAAAAGUGUUUAUUAUCCAGGAAUUCGAGGAACAGAAUCAUCUUGGUCAUCAACUUACUCACUUUUAACUCUUUAAUGUCCACACCAGCCAAAAGAAAGAAAAGAAAAACAAUGAAAAAAGGGUCUGUUUUGGAUUUUCUUCAUGGGGAUAACACGUUAUAUUUAAAUAAUUUCUACAACAUCUUUUUAAUGGUAACAAUAUCUAAAUGUGAAAUGUUUUCCAAACUUAUGUUCAAAUAUUCCCACAUUUUAAAAGGACUGCUUUAGUUUAUAAGGUGUUUGUUUGUUUUCUAUUACAUUUUAUUUUGGUGCAUGCUUGAAUUCUACAUAUGGACUUAAAUAUGCUCUAUGAAGUGUUUGAGCUGCCAGGGGAAAAUAUAAAAAUAGAUCACAUCAGUCACACUUGGAUCUGUUAAAGUUUGUUCUCAUCAGAAUCAAAAUAAAUUAUUGUUAUUAAUGCCUUUUAUUUAAAUUGUUUUGGUUAAUUUAAAAUAAAUUUUAACCCAGAGUAACUUUUUAGUAUUUAAUUAUCUUUCAAUAACACGUUGAGUAUUUUUUGCCGUUGCUGUUCCUGUUUUAUAAAUUAAAAGCAUACAGAGCGAUCAUCUCAGGCCCAAACUUCCAUUAGUGCAUUCUUGUCCCCUUGGAGAAAGGAAGCCGUCCCUGUUACUGCCUUCACAGAGUAACUAAAUAAAUCCAUAAAUGAGAUUCUCAGCUACACUCAAAUGAAAGUUUGGUUCAAUAUCUGUUAAAUUAAUCAACUCUUUUUUUUGUCUCUUCCAACCGCCGAUUAGUUACAGCGGCCAUCUUAAAUGGUGCUAAAAGCAAAAGUGACGGUGCGGAUAGACAUGAUUAGGGCCAGAAAAAAAACUCAUCGAUAAAGAAUAUUCCUGUUGAUCAAUAUCGAUAAUUAUAGAUAAUUAUAAAAAACUGAGAACAUAUAUUUUAAAGAUGCAUUAUGUAGAAAUGAAAUAAAAAUGACAUCCUGUGGUAAAAUUUGGUUACUGCGACCAGUUUAAACAACUCUGAAGCUUUUUGCUGUUUGUCGUCAAAUUACAAUUGUCGGUGCUGCAGUAUUAGCUCACAGGAGACCCCCCCCCCCCCCACACACACACACACUCACUGAUGGUAAACAGUAGUUAUGUCCCUCCUUCCUUUUUUUUGAAAGGAGAAAAACUGACGAUGCCCACAUUCAGCUGGAUAUGAAAUAUGUUUCAUUAUAACCUUCCUUCCAUUAUGACUUUUAGGAUUUUAUCACUGUAAAAUUCUCAGUUUAUUCGUACAUACUGCACCUUUAAGUGUGGCCCUGGCCAUUUGAUGUAAAUAAGUUA